UCCUUAACUGCCCUUCUCCGCCUCAUAGUCUUUGCGUGUCCUCUGCCCAAAACUUCUCUUCUCUCUCUCUCUCUCUCUCUUCCCCUCUGUUUUUGCUCCAUAUCCAAGCAAACACCACAUCUCUCUCUUUGUUACAGUCUCUUUUCUAUUAUUGACAAAAACAGUCAAAGCUUGAAAAGUAUAAGAAAACAAGUUGCUACAGCUAUUUAAUUACUAGUAAAUAGUAAUUGGUGAUGUCUUUCGUUGGUGUUUUUGUUUCUGAUCAAUGGCUUCAAAGUCAAUUCACUCAAGUCGAACUUCGCAGCCUUAAAUCCAAAUUCAUUUCAGUUAAGAAUCAGAAUGGAAAAGUAACAAUUGGAGACUUGCCGCCUUUGAUGGCGAAAUUAAAGGCUUUCAAUGAGAUGUUUAAUGAGGAAGAGAUCCGAAAUAUCUUGGCUGAAUCAGGUUCCGACGUCAACGAUGAGAUUGAUUUCGAAAGCUUCCUUAAAACAUACUUGAAUCUGCAAGCUCGAGCUGCCUCUAAAUUAGGCAGUUCUAAACAUUCAUCUUCCUUCCUGAAGGCCUCCACAACUACACUUCUUCAUACGAUCAGUGAAUCAGAGAAAGCAUCAUAUGUAGCUCAUAUAAACAGCUAUCUAAGAGACGAUCCAUUCUUAAAGCAAUUUCUUCCAAUCGAUCCAGCUUCAAAUGCUUUGUUUGAUCUGGCAAAGGAUGGAGUUCUUUUAUGUAAGCUGAUCAAUGUCGCUGUACCUGGCACAAUAGACGAGCGAGCUAUUAACAUGAAACGAGUAAUCAACCCAUGGGAGAGAAAUGAGAAUCACACCCUUUGCCUCAAUUCUGCAAAGGCUAUUGGAUGCACUGUUGUUAAUAUUGGCACUCAAGACCUGGUUGAAGGACGACCUCAUCUAGUACUUGGGCUGAUUUCUCAAAUUAUCAAGAUCCAACUAUUGGCAGAUCUCAACCUCCGGAAGACCCCUCAGCUCGUCGAACUGGUGGAGGACAGCAAUGAUGUUGAGGAGCUCAUGGGGUUAGCACCAGAAAAGCUCUUACUAAAAUGGAUGAAUUUUCAUCUAAAGAAAGCUGGUUACAAGAAAACAGUAGCAAAUUUUUCUUCUGACCUGAAGGACGGGGAGGCCUAUGCUUACCUUCUUAAUGUACUUGCACCAGAGCAUUGCAGCCCAGCGACUUUGGAUGUCAAGGAUCCCACUGAGAGAGCUAACUUAGUUCUUGAGCAUGCAGAGAAAAUGGAUUGCAAAAGAUAUCUAGAUCCGAAGGACAUCGUUGAAGGCUCUUCCAAUUUAAAUCUUGCUUUUGUUGCACAGAUAUUCCAUCAGAGGAGUGGAUUAUCUACUGACAGCAAGAAGGUCUCCUUUGCAGAGAUGAUGACAGACGACGAGUUAAUUUCCAGGGAAGAGAGAUGCUUCCGACUAUGGAUUAAUAGUCUCGGGAUAAACUCUUACGUUAAUAAUUUGUUUGAAGAUGUCAGAAAUGGAUGGGUACUUUUGGAGGUAUUGGACAAGGUUUCUCCAGGAUCUGUUAAUUGGAAGCACGCAACAAAACCUCCAAUUAAAAUGCCAUUUCGGAAAGUUGAAAACUGCAACCAAGUUGUCAGGAUUGGGAAGCAGUUGAAACUUUCCCUUGUAAAUGUGGGUGGAAACGACUUUGUCCAAGGGAAUAAGAAGCUUAUACUUGCUUUCCUGUGGCAGUUGAUGAGGUUUAAUAUGCUUCAGCUUUUGAAGAACUUGAGAUCGCGUUUCCGAGGGAAGGAGAUUACUGACGCUGAUAUUCUAGUUUGGGCAAACAAAAAAGUGAAAAGCACUGGAAGAACAUCUAAAAUGGAGAGUUUUAAGGAUAAGAAUCUUUCAAGUGGAUUAUUCUUUCUCGAGCUUCUCAGUGCUGUGGAACCAAGGGUUGUUAAUUGGAAUCUUGUUACCAAGGGUGAAAGUGAUGAGGCAAAGAAACUGAAUGCUACUUAUAUCAUCAGCGUUGCACGGAAACUUGGGUGCUCUAUCUUUCUGUUGCCUGAGGAUAUCAUGGAGGUUAACCAAAAGAUGAUCCUUACUCUCACUGCCAGCAUAAUGUACUGGAGCCUUCAGCAGACAGCGGAAGAGGCGGAGUCUGCAUCUCCUGCGAGUACUAUAACUGAUGCAUCACCAGUACGAUCUACAAAUGGUUCAAUGUCCCCCUUGAUUGCUGCUUCGCCUGAUGCAUCCCCUGCACCGUCAAUUAGUGGAGCAUCCUCUCCUGUGGUGGAUGCAUCUCCAGCACCGUCUGUCAAUGGAGAUGAAGAAAGCCAACUAAUUGCUGAAGUGUCAAAGUUGGCAGAUGAUGACGCAUCGUCUGAUGUGUUAGCAUCCCCGGAGCAGGCUGAAAAUGCAGAGAUACCAUCAGAUGUGCACAGGGAUGCUGAAAAUGCAGAGAUACCAACAGAUGUGCACAGGGAUGAUGAAAAUGCAGAGAUACCAACAGAUGUUUGCGCGGAUGCUGACAAUGCGGAGAUACCAUCAGAUAUGCCCCCAUCCCCGCAACUUGAGGAUACAGAACAACAGAGUGGCCUCUCACAUGAAGUUGAAAAUGAGGGUACAAAACCAGAUAAUGAACAAUAGUUGGAAGUUGUCUUUUUUACAAGCUCAAGGGACAGAGAAUAAGCAAGGGGAGAAAGCAAUACCAACGAAAAUAAACAAAGAAAAUGUGUUUUUAGAUGAAUGAUAGUAAAGUGCGAAAUGUGAUUAGAUACGAAUAUAGAUUUAAGUACACAAUGUUAUCAGCUCAGGAAGAUAGUACACACCUUUGGAGAACAACUGUACUUUUUCCAAUUUUGUUUCCUGUUAGUUUUCUAUAGAUAUUUCCUUUUGAAUGUAAGUAGCGUUUGGUCCAUUUGAUGUAUGGCUUAGAUUGUGGAAAUUUUCCCAAUGAUUCAUGCUCAUGAAUACGCAGACGAUGUAUAACUACUAGUAUCCUGAAGUUCGGAUAGACUAUUUUUUGAGGUAGCAGGAUUUAGGGGUAGAAGGGUUAUUCGUGUUUUAUAUAAUCAUUGUGCAUUUUUUUAUGUAAACGCACAUUAAAAGUGUGUUUUUUGAA